AUGUCUGAAGAGUCUCCAGCCACCCCUGCUGUCGCCGCCAAUGCUGGAGAUUCGCGCGUUGCGGCAGGUGAAUCCAAGCCAGACUCGGCCACAGCCGAACAGGCACAGAAACAAGACGAUGGCAAAACCACUGAAACCGAAGAGAAGGACAAGCCUGCAGAGAAACAACCAGAAAACACAGAAGCAGCACCCGCUGCUGAGCCGACGGAAGUAAACGGCAAAGAUGAUGGAGAGCCAACGCUAGCAGAGGCUCCAGCCGUCAACGGCACCUCUACACCGAGACCAUCCAGUGCGAAGCGCAAGUCUGUGGGUGGGCCGUCAUCGUCGAAGAAGCUAAACAAGAAAAAGUCGCAACAACGUAUCACACAUCUGGAUGCAGCACCCGGAGAAUACUACCUUGCACGGCUGAAGAGUUUUCCUCCAUGGCCAGCUAUCAUUUGUGAUGAGGAGAUGCUUCCAUUAAGCUUACUCAACACUCGUCCAGUAACAACCAAGCAAGCCGAUGGUACAUACAAGGAAGCAUAUGCCGACGGGGGCAAGCGAGUCCAUGACCGGACGUUCCCUAUUAUGUUUUUGGAGACAAACGAGUUUGCGUGGAUUCCUAAUACCGAUCUCACUCCCCUAGAUCCAGCGCAAUGUAAAGACGUCAGCGAAAAAGGAAAGGGAAAACAACUGAUUGCUGCAUACAAGGUUGCAGCUGAAGGCCAUGAUCUUCAGUACUUUAAGAACCUGCUCGCCGAUCAUCAGCGAGCAAUUCAACAGGAGGCUGAAGAACGGGAGGCUGUCGCGGCAGAGAAAGCUGCUCUGAAAGCUCAGAAGGAAGCUGCCAAAGAAGCCAGAGAAGCCGCAAAGGAGGAAAAGAAGAAGAAGCGGAAAAGCGUUGCAGCUGAAACUGAGGAUGUGGAGAUGGCUGAUGCAGACGAGGGUGAAAAGAAGCCCAAGAGCACAAAGAAGCGCAAGAAGGACGCUGGGAGUGACGCUGAAGACGAGAAACCUCCCAAAACUCCAAAGACGGCGACUAAGCUCAAACUAAGCACACCCAAAGACCCGAAUGCUGAGAAGCCAAAAACGAGCAAGGCCAAGAAGCCUGUUGAGCAGCCUGUCGAAAAGGUGGAGGAACCUCCUAAAGAGAGAACUCCACAAAUUGAUCCCCAGGAGGCUAAGGCCAAUAAACAGAAGAGAGUUCUCUUCCUUCGCCAUAAGCUACAAAAAGGCUUCUUGCAGCGCGACCAAGCGCCAAAAGAAGAAGAGAUGGAUCUAAUGGCGAAAUUCAUGACCGAACUAGAGAAUUACGGCGAGAUUGAAGUGUCUAUCAUCCGUAAAACCAAGAUUCAGAAAGUCUUGAAAGCCAUUAUCAAAUUGCCAUCGAUUCCCAAGGAGGAGGAAUACCACUUCAAACAGCGGUCCAUGGAUAUUCUAACGGGAUGGAAGAACCUUCUUGAUUCGGAUAUUCCGACCCCUGCUCCCCCUGCUGAUAAGGAGGCGAAACCAGAGUCGAAUGGCGCGAAUGCACUUCGUCACGAAGCCGCUUCAGCUGAUGAGCCCAAAGCUGAUGGUCCUGAGCCUAAGUUGAUCGGAGCCGAACCUAGCGAAGCCGCUGACGAUGUCGAGGACCAGUCUAUGGCUGAUGCUGCACCUGAAGAAUCAAAGAACAAGCCGGAAGUUACUGAACAAACUGCUGGAAAAGAGACCGCAACUGAGACAGCUGGUGAUGCCAAACAGGCCGCGGAUGAAGCAUCCGCAUAAUCUAUUUUCUUGUAAUGAUGGUUUCUUCUGGCGGUGCGUGUUCUUCUCA